AUAAACGAGUGUACCACCAACGCCCAUAACUGUGAUGCCAAUGCUUUCUGCAAUAACACUGAGGGGUCUUAUAACUGCACGUGCAGCCCGGGUUACACUGGAAAUGGAACAUUAUGCACUGGUAAUUAUUAAGCAGUGAACCGACUGCAACAUAAAAAAUAUUUAAAACGUCAAUUCCGUGCUAGCCUCGAUAAAAAUUGAUCAAAGAAUUAAGUUGUGAUUGACUUUAACUUGCGUUUUGCCUUCCCCAUAUUUUACAAGCGUUCAUUUCAAGACAAAUUAAUAAAUCACAAAAAAAUUCUUUGUUUGCAGCCACGUGACAAGAAGGCCAUGUUGGGGGUCAAUGCAAUAGAAUUUUUUUUCGAAGAUUUCACAUGAAAAUUAGAGUUUAGAUCCAAGAGGAGAGAAAUGCUUUUGUUAUUGACCACCAACAUGGCCGCCGUGACGUCACGUGCAAACUUAUUCUAUGAAGCGCCACACCUCGAAUAAUAAGCACUCAUGCAUCCUGUAGGUAAGAAAUGUUACUUUAAUUGCGCAGCCUUAAACAGGAAUAUAAAGUUGAACGGUACCUCUCCACAACGGCCAUUUUGGGGACAGAGGAAAGUGGGGGCCGUUACAGAGCGCUGGCCGUUGUAGAGAGGUUUAAACAAGAGUCAAUGUAUGGACUGCCCGCCAACAGGGUGGCAGCUGUAGAGAGGUGGCCGUUGUGGAUACGCGUCUGUUAGUAGAGGUUCAGUUCGACUGUAAUAUAGCCCCUCGAAUAUUACCUUACUCGCGAAAAUAGACCAUUUUACAGUUGUGGACUUAGUACCCUAGCCUUCGAGUGAAUGUGAGGCUGACGGUGACCUUGUUUUGAUACAAACCUCCUUUGCUUUGUUAUGGAAAUUGUCCCUGAAAAAUACUAGUUAGCAUAAGAAUAACUUGAUUUACAUAAUAAAGCAGGAAGGUUUGUACCAAAACAAGGUCACCGUCAGCCUCGCUUCCAUCCAUAACUGUAAAAUGGCCUAUUAGAGCUUUUUUUCUCCCUCCAGAUAUUAAUGAGUGUAUGACGAACGACUAUAACUGUGAUGUCAAUGCUUUCUGUAAUAACACUGAGGGAUCUUAUAACUGCACAUGCAGCCCUGGAUACACUGGACUUGGAACAACAUGUACCGGUAAAUCGAGGAACAAUACAUAGUAUCAUACCCAAUGUAAGGGAAUCCAAGACAGUCUUGCCGGAUUCCACGAUGUGGAUUCAGAACUCCAUGUACUGGAUUCCGGAUCAGUUCUCUGAUUCAAAUAGCCUACGUAACAGGCAGGAUUGUUAUUUAGCGCGAACAAAGAAAUCGCAUCUCGAGGCAAAGACGCGAGAAUGGUAGAUUCGCGGUCAAACCUCUCACAUGCCCAAAAACAAUUCCGCUAGCUAAGGCUAUGAUUCUUAUCGUUAGUGGGAUUCCAGAGUCCUUAAGCCGUAUUCCGGCUUGUAAAGGCUAGGAUUCCGGAUUCUACUAGCAAAAAAAUUUCCGCAUUCCGGAUUCGGAUCCGGAUUCCCUUUCAUGGCGUCGAGAAACAAACACCCCAUACAUAGAGUGUACUGCUUCUCCAGCGACAUUCACGAUCCAUAUUAUCUUAUUAGCUUAUGAAAACCGGUCUGCAAAAAUAAGACCUUUUUUCUUUACUUUUAGAUAUCAAUGAGUGUAUCACCAACGUCCAUAACUGUGAUGCCGAUGCUUUCUGUAAUAACACUGAGGGAUCCUUUGAUUGCACAUGCAGCCCUGGAUACGCUGGAAAUGGAACAUCAUGCACCGGUAAAUCAUCAUGUCCAAUAUGCCUUAAAACUAUAUAUGAGGUCAGAGACAGAAGCACACUCCCAUACAUGAAGUCAUUCUUUCUCCGUAUUAUCUUACUGAUAGCCUGUUUACAUAGUGGGGAGCAAGUUAAAUCGUACGCUGUGAGCGCAAAAAGAACCAGGAGAGGAAAAAAACGAGAGGAGACUGGGGCUGAUGGAAACAAUGCAGCAAUAACACCGUUUUUCCCUCUUUUCAGAUAUCAACGAGUGUAAAGCUAACGUUCAUAACUGUGAUGCCAAUGCCUUCUGUAAUAACACUGAGGGAUCCUUUAACUGCACAUGCAGCCCUGGGUACACUGGAAAUGGAACAUCAUGCGUCGGUAAACACUCACGCCUUAUAUAACUUUUAAAAAUGUAAUAAUGUUGUUCAAAACAGAAGCACCCUAUUCAUAUAAUAUUACAAAUAAUAUUACCUUAGUCAUAAAAAGCCGGUCCGCAAAAAUUAAGAGCUCUGUUUUUUUUUUCCUCUCUCUCCCCUUCCCGAUGUUAAUGAGGGGGGCGUUGGGGUCGAUAAAAAAAAGUGAAAAACCGCUCUAAAAAUUACCGAACGGUAAAAUUGAAGAACAGUUCCCCAAAAAAUCUGUUGGCCGUCUGUCGGUAGACUGUCAACCGACAGUUCACCGACAGCCGACCAACAGUCGGGCGGCCGACAGGAGAUUAAAUGACAAACUCUGGUUUGUUACAGAAAAUUGAUACUCAAACUAUCUCUUUUACCUUGAUCAAUAAAUAUGAACGCUCACGAUGAAAAUUUUAUCAUCGACCAAUGUAAUAGCUCCCCUACAGUUUACAAUCGAGUCGGGGAGCUGUUCUUCAAUUUUCCGAUUAAACAAUAUCCCAUCAUUAUUCUAGAUAUUAAUAUCAUCACAGUAGGCAGCACUAUCUAUGGAUUCUAUGGUCGUAAAACCGGCAUAUCUGCCUUAGGAUCGUCUAGGAGAAUUCACAACGAUCCUCGAUUGAAUAGCAAUAAAGGACAAUGGGGGAAAGUCUGCGUUCGCAAGAAGCUCUCCUACCGCUGUAAACCUCAAAAAAUCCAGAAUCUCGCUGUGCAGACUGUAAAAUAGAAACAUAUAAAAUAGCCCAACAUCUGACUGCACGGAGACCCAAGGGGGAAUCUACUCUGCUUUAUUUUUGCCAAAAAACUGAAAAACAAGAUGCUAAAAAAAGGAAAAACCGGAAACCACAAGGGACAACAAAACCGAAAAACCGAAGUUUUUCAGUGCAAAACUGACCAAAAAACCAACCUAAAAAAUAGCCAAACCCGAAAAACCGAAAAUCCCAACGCCCUCCUCUUUAAUGAGUUUGCAACCAGCGUUCAUAACUGUGAUGCCAAUGCUUUCUGUAAUAACACUGACGGGUCUUUUAAUUGCGCUUGCUGCCCUGCACACACUGGAAAUGCAACGUCAUGCAUUGGAAAAUCAUCAUGUCAUGUGAUUUAAAACGUUAAAAUGACGUCCGAAACAGAAGCACCCUAUACACACAAUGCUAUUUUUCUCCAAAUUAGUUAGGCAUAAAAGCCGGUCUGCAAAAAUAAGAGAUUUUUUUUCUCUCUUUCCAGAUGUUAAUGAGUGUACGAACAACGUCGAUAACUGUGAUGCCAAUGCUUUCUGUAAGAACACUGGUGGGUCUUAUAACUGCACAUGUAGCCCUGGAUACACUGGAAAUGGAACAUCAUGCACUGGUAUAAUAAUACAGCUAUUGUCGGAAAAAGCGCACGUGACAAUCUCGAAAGGUAUAGUGGGUAGUUUUGAGUUCGCUGUUCUUCAAUGAAAUUUGAAAGAUUGGCACGAGAGGUCAUGAACGUAUGUUUGCAAGUGCUAAAGGAAAGCAACAAAAGUAGGUUCAACAGCUACAGUGCCAGGAACAUUGUAUUGAUCAUAUCCCAUAUUACCUUUCGGGAUUGUCGCGUUCACUUUUUUUUCCGACAACCUUUCUCGAAGUAGCUGUAUAUAGAUUUAGCCAGGGUUAAGAGUCAAGCUCUGGUCAAUAAUACUUAUAAACAAAAAAGAUUAUAUCGUGUGUUAUGCUAUAAAACGGGGACUGCAAUGAAAAUGGCAUCAAGAUCAAUAGAUCUAAUAAACAAAAAAAAAAAUGGCACGUGCAGCAUGCUUUUUUGACUAUCUUUGCCGUUGUUUUGCACGACAACACUUAAUGUCAGAUCCCGAGGGAAACAGUUAGUUUUGUUUUCCCGAGAGCCCUAGCCUGAUGUUUCCCGAGACGAAGUCGAUGGAAACAUCAGGACUCGAGGAGAAACAAAAUUAACUGGUUUCCCGAGGGACCUGACAUUAGGUCUUUUGUUAUAUUUCUAGAUUUUCACUUCAACGUACUUCAACAGCAAAAAAAUAAAAAAUAAAAAGAAUACGUUUAAGCGGAUCCGGAGCGAGUCAAAACAGUCGACUCGGUGCUUAUAAGAACACAAAUUUAAUUCUCAAAACAACUGAAUGAAUGAUUUACAAAGUACUCUCCUUAUAUUAUCUGCAACUUUUUUUUUCUCCACUAGCUGUUGUUUCUCUUCUAGUGGGAUUACUUUUAAAAUCGUUGCUUUUUAGCUUGACGCUUCAUAUGUUUGUGUUGCUGUGUNAAAAAAUGGCACGUGCAGCAUGCUUUUUUGACUAUCUUUGCCGUUGUUUUGCACGACAACACUUAAUGUCAGAUCCCGAGGGAAACAGUUAGUUUUGUUUUCCCGAGAGCCCUAGCCUGAUGUUUCCCGAGACGAAGUCGAUGGAAACAUCAGGACUCGAGGAGAAACAAAAUUAACUGGUUUCCCGAGGGACCUGACAUUAGGUCUUUUGUUAUAUUUCUAGAUUUUCACUUCAACGUACUUCAACAGCAAAAAAAUAAAAAAUAAAAAGAAUACGUUUAAGCGGAUCCGGAGCGAGUCAAAACAGUCGACUCGGUGCUUAUAAGAACACAAAUUUAAUUCUCAAAACAACUGAAUGAAUGAUUUACAAAGUACUCUCCUUAUAUUAUCUGCAACUUUUUUUUUCUCCACUAGCUGCUGUUUCUCUUCUAGUGGGAUUACUUUUAAAAUCGUUGCUUUUUAGCUUGACGCUUCAUAUGUUUGUGUUGCUGUGUUCAUUCACGAAAAAGAAAACUGGCAGUGUUUUUUCCGCCUUCUGUCACGCCCCUUUCCACCAUGCUUUGAUCACGUCCUGUAAUGUAUCCCGAGCGGGGUACAUUGCUUAAUGUAUCACGAUCGGGAUACAUUUGAUUUUAGUCAAGGACAUGAGACCAAGAAUCAGCCAAUGACUGUCAACGUGUAGUUAGAAUACGCAUUAUUUUUAUGCGGGAAUUGUCGUAUGUGCUUACCAAAAGAUUUUGUUUCCCGUGGUCAUGUUCGCCUUUAUUUUUUCACUGCCGCUCAUUUUCACCUUGUUGGUCGCUCCUUCGUGGCCGCUAGCAUUUCUCAUUUUCUCACUGCUCCACCGCUAUGAAAUUAUCAUGUUUUUAUUCCAACGAAAUUCGUCUCCUUUGUUUUCAAUCACUCGCUCUAGCUCUUUCUGUUUUAUCCACGUGAGUGUAAACAUCAAAAAUAACGUCGAAAAAGACACGACUUUGUUGUUGUUUUUCUCUCUCUAAAAGUCCUGGCGGCUAUACUAAUUCCCGCCAAAAACACCUCGAGUUGCCUGUGGUGUCGUACUUAUUAAUUGAGUUAUUUUGCAUUGGUAUGCCUGUGGUGAGGACGGACGGGUCGACGUACGGUCACGUGAUUACCAAAAUUUCUCGGAUGGGUAGAUUACCAAAUUUUCUUACCCAUGGCGCUCCGCUGUGCGCUCUUCACGCUCGUUUAGCUCAGCUAAUAUCAGUUGAGUACAUUUAGAAUUGCUUUAUGAAGCCCAGGACAGAAGCCCCUAUACAUGAAGUCUUCUUGUCCCAUAUCUUAUGAAACGAGUGCAAACAUAAUGGCUUUUUCCUCUCUUUCCAGAUAUAAACGAGUGUACGUCCAAUUUCCAUAACUGUGAUGCCAAUGCUUUCUGUAAUAACACUGAGGGGUCUUUUAACUGUACAUGCAGCCCUGGAUACACUGGAAAUGGAACAUCAUGCCCCGGUAAAUCCUGUUCAAUACAUGUAAAACUAUACGACAAAGUCCGAAACAGAAGCACCCCAAACAUGCAUUGCUUCUCCCUCCACUUUCUCCUCUUAUCACCCUAUUCAUAAAAGCCCUUCUACAAAAAUACGAGCUUUUUUUUCUCUCGUUCCAGAUAUUAAUGAGUGCGCAAGCAACGUCCAUAACUGUGAUGUCAAUGCUUUCUGUAAUAACACUGAGGGAUCUUAUAACUGCACAUGCAGCCCUGGAUACACUGGAAAUGGAACAUCAUGCACCGGUAUAGCGCCAUUUUCCAGUACAUCACCUAUAAAAAUUGAUAUGCCAGCCAGAAGCUUUCUUAAAAUAGCUGUUGAAACAAUAAUAAGUUUUUUGUCUCAGUUGUUGGCACAUUUGAAUAAUAAAAACAAUGUUUACAAACAUGAAAUAUCGCUUUUUCAAGGUCCGAGACAGAAUGAAGCACCUUAUAACCCUCGUGGAUGUUGCCAACAAAACCAUGUUUAUUUAAGGUUUAGAUAAAGAUUUCUCUCUCCAUAUUAUUUUACUCAUAGAAGCCGGCCGGUAUGAGAAAUUUAAGAGCUUUUAAAACUUUCCAGUACGGUUAUAUAUACUUAGCGUAGUCCUGAACAAAAAACAAACCAUGUACAACACGAUCAUGUCAGAUUUAUGUUCACUUUUUUUCUUAAACAGGAGCUUUUUCUUUUUCGUCCUUCGUCUUUCUUUUUUAUUUUCUCACCUUCCAGAUAUUAACGAGUGUACGACCAACGUCCACAACUGUGAUGCCAGUGCGUUCUGUAACAACACUGAGGGAUCCUUUAACUGCACAUGCAGUCCUGGAUACAAUAUAAUAAAUGGAACAACCUGCACUGGUAAAUCACCAUGCUCAGUUCAGUAUAUUUAAUAUGAUGAUAUGGGGUCCGAGAUAGAAAUAACCCAUGUUAACUAUAUUAUUAUUAUUAUUUUCUUUUUUCUUAUGUAAUUUAAUAACGCCUUUAGUUAAAGUCUUGUCCUGCCUAGAUUAGCCUUGUAGCUAUUUGCAGGACAUGAAGUAUUGUAAACUUUAUAUUUCUUUAAAUAAAUACAUUGUUGUUGUUAUCUUACACCCAGAAACUGGCAUUUCAACUUCGAUUUAGAAGCGGUACAAAAUUCACUCUCCAAAACGUGUCAGAAGCAAAAGAUUAACAAUUAACAGAAGCCACGCAACAAAGUACAGUAGGAAAAUAUAUCAAAUCAAAAGCAAAAUCAUAUUUAAAAAAUUUUGCUUGCAACUGGCAAUUAAUUUUCAUUCCAAAUAGGCCAUUUGCGAGUUGCCCCCCAAACCUCUGUUCCAAAGCGAGGCAAAUGUUUUUUUUUUAUUUUUUGCUGAUAAAACUCUUUGCACCUAGCCUAGAUUUUAAAGGAAGAGUUUUUGGAACUCGGAAACGGUCUUAGACUAUUGUUCUCAUUGCUGAGUGAUCGAAGCCGCAAAAUUCCACGACAAAUAAACAAUAUAAUUCGCACAGCAAUAAAUAAAAGAUAUAAAUAAUACUUGAAAACAGUCCAAAUCCAGACUUCGUCUCUGAUGUUCAGCGUUCAGCGAGUUCCUUUAGUCCUCUGUAAAAGUAAAAGCUUUUUUUUUCUCUCCUGACAGAUAUUAAUGAAUGUACAAUCAACAUCCAUGACUGUGAUGCCAAUGCUUUCUGUAAUAACACUGAGGGAUCUUAUAACUGCACAUGCAGCACUGGAUAUACUGGAAAUGGAACAUCGUGCACCGGUAAAUCGGCAUGUUUUUUACCUUUAUACCAUAAUAUGAGGUCAGAGACAGAAACAACCCAAUUGAAUUUUAAAAGUGCUAAUCUGUCUCCAUAUAACGUUAUGUAAUAAGGUGAAAUUUUCGCUCGCUGUGAUUGGUUCUUAGCUAUGAUCUAUUAGAGGACAGAUGAUUAGAUUGCGUCUCAUCCUCGGAGACCCAGGGGCAGUUAGUCGUUAUCGACCCGACUAACUGUCCCUGGGUCUCCGAGGAUGAUUGCGUCUUCACUGGCAACUAUUUUUGUCCUCUUUUUUUUAAAUGGUGGAAAGUUUUGAAAAUUUGGAGAUUAUUUUACCUGACUGGGUAAAUGAAAAUAUAGAACAAAGUCUUGCUGGGGCAGUAGAUGAGCACGAAAAGAAAGAAGAAGAAGAAGAGGAAGAAGAAGAAAAAGCGUUUUGCGGAAGAAACCGACCUAGACAAGCUUAGAAAAGUUACUUGACGCGUCAUAGUCAAUCACUACUAUUAAGCGAAACACAAAAUGGGUGGUGAAACUAUUUCAAGGUAAGACACCAUAACUUGGUUUCCAAAAUAACAAACACGCUAAGUAAAACUAACAUGACAAUCGUUUAUUUGAGAAAGUUCAAAUUUUCUCAAUCAAAACAUUGUUUACAUGGAUUGAUGUCACGAAAGAAAGGUAACAACACUACUUCUGAAAAUGGAAACAGCGAAGCUUGAUGAAAACUUGGCUAGGUUUUAUGUUGAAACCAGAACAAAAAAAGGGAUGAGUACAGCCUGUUCAGCCCUCUUUGGAGUUCGAAACUCAAUUGAACGUCACUGACUUAAACAACAAUGGCUGCACCGUAAAAAUAACAAAGAACAACGCUUUUCAAAAGAGUAACAAAAAUUUAGACACCAAACUCAGAAUCAACCGUCACACGGGCAAAAAAAAUUUUAUUCGUGCCUUCUGACAUGGAAAAAAUGUUGAAUCUAGCCGGACUGCUAAGAAGAAUCCGGGUUUUACGUUUACCUAUACUGGUGCAGGCGUCGGGAACAGAGGGCCAGAGAGACCUUCGCCGCGACAGUUUAGCGCAAGCGUUCAAGAAACAUCCUUAUGGUCGCGAGUACGCUGUUAUGACGCAUGAAGAAGCCACCAAAAACCAUCCCUGUGGGGCCAAAAGGUCCUUCAAAAUUAUCAUUUAGGCUACAUUUACGUAUUUUUAUUCUAGACCAGUUAGUUUUACUGAAGUUUUCAGUGUUUGACGCAAAAUCUCAAAUUAUGACCUCACAACGGCCUGACGUCGCCAAAUACGUAAAAUUAAAUGAAUUUCUUAAUUUCAAUAUCAAACUUGUAUCAUCUCAAAGCGAAUUAGAAAGGGGAGUAAAAUGUUGAAAACCGUUUCUCGCUACGUCAAAAAACUCGAGUUACGGAACUUUGAGUGCACCCCCGCGGAAUCAUACUUUUUCUUUAAAAAAAGAUCCUUUUGAUUUAUUUUUUACCUCUUUUGCAAAAUAAGCUGAUUUUUUGUUAUCAUAAACCUUUUAAAAUUGCCCAAUAUCAUUUUAGAUUUUCGUUUUUUGACUUAAAAAACACUAAUCUAAGCAAAACAAAAACUGAUCAAGUGACAUGUUAUGGCGUCACAAAACUGCUUUCUUGGUUUUUGUACAGUUAGGAAUUUCCUUUUUAGCAAUGGUCACAAGACAAUAAAACGCUUAAAUUUACGGAUGUACGAGACUUAUUUGUUUAUUUCAUUUGGGACUACCGAGUCUUCCUUUUCCUAACAGCCCUCGUUCCCAGGGUCCUCUCCCUUCCUCCUUUCUUUUUUAUCUCGUCCGCCAUUUCGAUGUUUUUCCAUGUAAUGAGGAGAGUAAAAACUCAAUAGAAGGCUAGUUCAACUUGAAAUGUUUUCGUACUUUCACUGUACUUGACUGGAAAAGAGACGUGAGUAAAGAAUUGUUUCAGUUUAUUUUUGGAAACGAGUUAUCGAUGCCGGUUAUCAAGUAUUGGUGUUUCAGCUGUGUUUCAAUUUUAGCCAUUUUUCAAUAGCAGAAAAAAACGGACUGGCAAAGCGGUUGCUCCUUUAAAUUGGCACCAAAGAAACACGCGGCAGAGACGUGCGCAUGCUUUCCUGUUUAAUUUAUUUUUUUGCGCCAUUUUCCAUAUGUUAAAUUUCGCAUAGCUAUGUCAUUCCGCAAGCCCGGCCACAUGCCAUUCCGCAAACUCAUUCCGCCUUUAACCCUCACCGCAGAAAAAAAAACCUUCGAGGGUGAGUGCUGGUGGUAACCGCAGUAAAUACACAAGAAACUGACAUUUUCAAUUUUAAACCGGCACAAAGAUUAAGUCGAUUUUUUAUUUUUUGCACUAUUACAAGAGAUUUCUACAUAGAAUACAAUACAUUACAAAAGCAAGGAGAAAAAAAAAUAGAAAAACUUGUAAAUUACAUGAAAGGCGAAAUGUGCGCAGUGACCAAAGUAGCUUACUAAGCUUUCGAGGUUGUCACUUCCACGCGCCAUGAAAUGCCGUAUACAUUUACAUCAACUACAAGUAACGUACAACGGAGAAAGAAAAAUUAAAAGUCCAAAUAGUUCUGCUUACGAUUCUAAUAUAAACAGUAGAAAGGCUUACUGGUAUUGUGGGUGGAGAUAGCUAUUCUAAUUAAUACGCAGGGAAUGGUUUUCCAGAUUUUAGAUCGAACAAAAGCAAAUAGAUAGAUACACAUUUUUGUGCUCUGUGAAUGUAGAAUUGAGGCUGUAGAUACAAGUAGCUUAUUACCAUGCAAUGUUUUAUCACGCAGACAUGGAUGAAUGUUUAAAUGCAAGUCAUAAUUGCGAUGAGAGAGGAAACUGUACAAAUACUAUUGGGUCAUAUUUGUGCUCGUGCGAACAAGGCUAUGAAGGAGAUGGAAGGACUUGCAUU